AUGGAGAAGCAGAAUUCGACGGGCGCCGCCGGCCUCAUUCGUACGAAAUCCGACCAGCUGGUGGAGACCAUCGCGGCCGCCCUCGGCGUCAUGCGGUCGCCGGCCUCUUCGUCCGGCGGGGAGCCGCCACCGUCUGGCGGCGCCACCGGGUCGGAAGGCGGCGGCGGCGGAGCUUUGUCGAGAAAAUCGAGCCGGAGGCUGGCGUCGGCGUCUCCGGGGAGGAUCGGCGGCGGCAGCGUUGGCCGGAACAGCCACAUAAGGAAGUCGAGUAGCGCGCAGAUGAAGUUCGACGUGGAGGAUCUGAAUAGCGGCGCCGCCCUAAGCCGGGCGUCGAGCGCAAGCCUAGGCUUCUCGUUUUCAUUCACCGGAUUCACAGUGCCGCCAGACGAGAUCUCCGGCACGGCGCCGUUCAGCGAUGAGGAUAUCACAGCUGAAGAUCUUGAGGCUGGCAGACAAAAGAAGAAACUUCAAACAGAACCCACCUUGCCAAUAUACCUCAAGUUCACGGACAUAACGUACAAGGUGGUCCUAAAAAGCGUGACUUCAACCGUUGAGCGAGACAUUCUAAACGGGAUUUCGGGUUUGGUUGACCCGGGUGAGGUUUUGGCCUUAAUGGGCCCAUCGGGAUGCGGAAAAACGACGCUGCUGAGUCUUUUGGGAGGCAGAGUAAGCGAACCAGCUUUCGGUGGCUCGAUCACUUACAACGAUCAACCGUAUUCCAAGUCUCUUAAAAGCAAGAUAGGAUUCGUUACGCAAGACGAUAUUCUGUUUCCUCACCUCACGGUGAAGGAGACUCUAACUUAUGCGGCUCGACUGAGGCUUCCGAAAACACUAACGAAAGAGGAAAAAGAUCAACGAGCCAUGGACGUGAUAUACGAGCUCGGACUUGAGAGCUGCCAAGAUACCAUGAUAGGCGGCUCGUUCGUGCGUGGGGUUUCGGGUGGAGAGCGAAAGCGUGUGUGUAUCGGGAACGAGAUUAUCAUCAAUCCGUCGCUAUUAUUCCUAGACGAACCGACGUCGGGUCUUGAUUCCACAACUGCAUUGAGGAUAGUCGACACGCUACAUGAUAUAGCCGAGGUGGGGAAAACGGUGAUCACGACAAUCCACCAGCCAUCGAGUAGACUCUUCUUGAAAUUCGACAAGCUGAUCCUUCUCGGAAAGGGCAGUCUUCUCUAUUUCGGGAAAGCAUCCGAGGCAAUGAUCUAUUUCUCGUCAAUAGGUUGUUCGCCGCUUAUAGCAAUGAAUCCGGCCGAGUUCAUGCUCGACCUCGCUAACGGAAACGUGACCGACAUUUCUGUCCCAUCCGAGUUAGAGGAUAAAGUUCAGAUGGGAAACUGCAGGGACGAGACCAAGAGUGGAAAACCGGCUCCUUCACUCGUUCAAGAGUAUCUCGUGGAGGCCUACGAGACGCGUGUAGCCGAAAAUGAGAAGAAGAAACUCAGAAACACGCUGACCAUCGACGAAGAAAUUAAGUCGAAAGUUUGCUCGAGCAAAAGAGAAUGGGGUGCAAGCUGGUGUGAACAGUACUCAAUACUUUUCUGGAGAGGCCUCAAAGAAAGACGACAUGACUAUUUCAGCUGGCUUAGGAUCACUCAGGUUCUUGCCACCGCAACUAUUUUAGGACUCUUGUGGUGGCAAUCGGGCAGUAACAACCCGAACGAAUUGCAGGAUCAGGCGGGUUUACUCUUCUUCAUAGCUGUUUUCUGGGGAUUUUUCCCGGUUUUCACGGCCAUCUUCACUUUCCCGCAAGAGAAGGCUAUGCUGUGCAAGGAACGCGCGGCCGAUAUGUACAGAUUGAGCUCGUAUUUCAUGGCACGGACAACGAGUGACCUCCCACUCGACCUCAUACUUCCUGUUCUAUUUCUUCUCGUCGUGUAUUUCAUGGCGGGCCUUAGAAUGGAUGUCGGCUCAUUUUUCCUCACUAUAGUUACGGUUUUCCUCUGCAUUAUAGCCGCACAAGGUUUAGGGCUAGCGAUUGGCGCUACGCUAAUGGAUUUGAAACGUGCGACUACGCUUGCAUCGGUCACGGUAAUGACGUUCAUGCUUUCCGGGGGCUUUUUCGUGAAGAAUGUCCCGGUUUUCGUAUCGUGGCUCCGUUACCUCUCCUUCAACUACCACACGUACAAACUUCUCCUCAAAGUUCAGUACGAACACAUAAGCCACACGGUAAAUGGGGUUAAAAUCGACAGUGGGUACAAGGAAGUCGGAGUUUUAGCAGCCAUGGUUUUCGGCUAUAGAUUCUUGGCUUAUUUGUCCUUACGAAGAAUGAAACUCCACUGA